GGGGUAUUAGAUGCUGGAAUCAGGAGGAGAGCGGUAGGUGUGAAAAGGGUUUGAGGCCAGAGGCCGUCGCUUCAUCGUCGCCUUGUGUGCUGACCUGACCGUAUGAGUGUCUGAAUCCCCGCUGAGUUUUGCAGCGAUGGCGCCAGUAUGGGUGAGGACCGAUGGAGACGCCACCGUUUCAUUUUAGCACCCCCCCUGCGCUUCUCUGCGGUGCGCUCCGCGUGCCUCUGCUCUGCUCUGCAGUUGCAGUCCGUCCUCCCUGCUCUCUGAAGUGUGCACAUGAGAUUUUCGCUGCCUUCGCUGCACGUCCUGAUUCACCUCUCUCGCGCGCUUUCUCUCCCUCUCCCUCUCGCUCGCGCUACUGCCCUUGAGCUUCUGCCAUCUGAAAUCUACGACGGGUUACUUCAUGAGCGCUUAGCGUGCAUAGACUUCACGAGUUUUGGUUAGCUACCGUGUUGGUUGAGUCUUUGUGAGGUCUGCCCUGCAUUGUGUUGCUUAGCGCAUAUUUUCAGCUGUGUAUAUGGGAUGUCUUCUUGGAAGUCACUGACGUUCCCGGAUUGGAUUCAGAAGCUGGAGUUAUGAGUCUAUAGACAGCUGAAGAAUGAGCUGUGGAGGUUUUUCAUGGGAUUGUAUCGGUAGUUAUGAAAUUCCUUGUUUCGCCUCUUGUUAGUCCCGUGCAGAAGACUAUGAGAGGAGGGAAUCGGGUUGCUAGCUUCUAGGAAUUGUUGGAGAGAGACAUGCAGAGUCUGGAGUUUGUGUUAUUUGCUGAUGAUUCAAUUCGAAGAGAUUGUGGCUCGAAUGCGUCGCACAUUGUCAGCUGCUUCCAGCAGUGCUCAAACCCAUGCAUGUGGAGUCUAUCUGGCGGGUCGGGUAGCUGUUAAGCUCACGAGAAACUUACACAACGAGCGUUGGUUGGUUCUCGACUGAAACCUACCAAUGCUCGUCCAUGCCCGUGCCCUUGAGGUAAACCCCGGAUUCAAAGUGCAGUCUCAUGAAAUUUCAUUGAGGAAGAAGGGGAAUCACACUUCUGAAUACAAGCGAGAGUAUAUCUGAUGAAUAUGGCGGCAGACAAGGCGGAAGAUCCACCAGAGCUACUGGAAACAUUGGCCGAGAAUCGAAUCACGUUUGAGAAGCAGAUUGGAUGCUUGGCAGGUUUAUUGCAGAUUUUUCACUGUCAGUGCACUUUAAAUGGUCACCGCAAAACCUCAAAUCGCUUACGACCUGUUCACGAGGAGACUUCGCUCCAAGCGCAUGAUAUCCUUAGGCAUGACGCUGGCAGUCCAGCGAUAUAUCUUAGGUCUGGAACGAAGCCAGCCCGAUCUCGAACUGCAAUGUAUGAAGCAAACAUGUCAGUGGAGGAGUGGCCAUCUAUUAACAAGAAAGAGAUUCCUCCAGAAGAAAUACCACCUUCCCGGGUCUCCUUCUAUUUCGAAAACCAGCCUGGAAGAGCAUCACCGCGGAGAGCAUCACCCAGACACUCUCCUGUGCAUCCCAAAAACCUUCCCCUGUUCCCUGCUCAACGCAGAAUGUCCUCGGAUAGAAGACCCUCCUAUGAGAAUUUCCCGAAGUCUCCUGAUUCUUCCAUCAUUCGUAACGUUGUGCUGAAUUCGUUGCACAAAGAGAAGUCGCGAGUGUCCGUGGAUAAUUCUAGCAGAGAAACGAUGGCUGGUCUCAUACGUUUGAAGAAUUUGGCAAGGUCACGCUCAGUUGGUGGAAGAAAUGCUUCCGCCAGGGCAGGCGCGGAGUUUCCAAGAUCUAAUUCGCUGGGUGAGCAAAGAAGCUUGGAAGUGUACAGCGAUUGCAUAGAGGAACCGCUGGGAUUUCUCGCACGAGAGCGGAUAACGUCGAACCUCAUCCAUUUGCGACGCUCAGUUGAUAGUCGUGAGAUUUCUAGGCUAACUGUAGAAUUGGAGGAAGGACCAGGAGUUGGCUCUUUCAAAGAUAGGAGACAAAAGUUCGUUGACGAUAGGAGUUCUCAUCUGAAUAAUUUUCACAAGCACGAGAGUGACGCUGCCAGACAAGCAGCAUUGGACUUGGAAAAGUCCCUUUAUGCACUGAAUUUGAAGGAAUCCUUUCGAACUUUUCAAAAAGAUAAAACCUAUAUUCACAGAUCUCUUGUUAGCGGAGAUGUUCGGAGAUCGCCUCAAGCAGCUGCUGCUUCAAAGAUUGGUGGAAGGUCUCCACGAAGAGAGCAAAUGACACGACGAGUCGACUUUGAAGGCAGGUGUGGAGGCACAAAUGUUGUUGCGCGGUUGAUGGGACUAGAGGAACUUUCUGUCCCUUCAACACGCAUGGACCUUACAGAAGCAGGAGCAACAGACAUGAAUUCUAAAUCUCUCUCAGCAGACACUGAACAUGGAAAAUGCGACGAGUACAGGCAUGGUUCAUACAGAGGAAGAUAUCUGUCACGAAAGCAUCGUCUAAUGGAUGGCAUGCCCUCUAGGAUACGGCAGCAAGAAGUUCGUGAAGCCUUAAAGAGCAAGAUAACUAAAUCCAAGAAUUAUUUUCACGAGGAAGGUCCGUUGCUCACUAUACAAGGCUGCAAAAGUCCAACAUCAACACACGAACCCCUUCACGAUGAUAUUAUGCAACGACUACAACAGUUGCGAUCCUGGAAUGCUACAGAAGAGCGUGAAAUUCUCAGCCAGAUCUUGGAAACCUUACAAUUGAAGGGAUUGUUGCAUUUGCCUCGAAGUAAUAGCAGAGAGGCAGCUGAUAGGGUGACGCGCAAUAUUCCUACACAGAUGAAUUCUGACGAAGUUAAUGUUUUCGAAUAUCGAGCUGAUUCAGGACACGAUUGGCGAAAAUUUUCGACCAGACAGGAUUCAUCACUGAAGCACCCUGCGACUAUUAUGAUAAUGAGGCCCUCUCCGACGAAAAUGGAAGUUGCAUCCAUGCACAAACAUGCAGAUUGCAAAUGUAAUGGAUCGGAGAGCUCUGAGAGGUCUGAAGCAACAAGCACCCGUUUAAGCAAUGAGGACCGUGUAUGUAGGGGAUCAGCGAAACAUGUUCGUGAAAAGAUAAGAAGCCCAGCACGAUCAUCAAGACCUCUGCCGAGAAUGAAAGAUAAUGCCCGGUCGACAAGUCCAAAGCAGCGACGUCCUCCACAAGGAGAAGAAGGCCAAUCAUGGAAGGUCUCUCUGCCCGUGAAAGCGAUGUCCAGCAUCAGCAAUACUCCAUCGCAAUUGCCUCAGGCAAGACUCCCUCGAGGUCAAGCCCCUCAUUUGAGAGACAAGAAAGAGUCAAAAGCUGCACUUGUGACGUUAAGGGGCCAGUCUCACGGCACGUUGAAGAAAUGCUUGGCGGCGAAGAACUGUGAAGCUCAAACUGCAAGAAACUCAGUUGAAACCACUCAUCGUAAACGGUCUUCAAGAACUGCAAACAAAGCUGCAUCUCCAACCGCAAGUAGAUAUUCGACACCAUGCCGGGAUAACGUCGAAGACAGGAUUGCGUCGGAGACGCGUCUAGACAAGAAGAAGUUUGCGGAAGGAACUCACUCUCCAGCACACGAGGCAGCCCUAAAAGAAACGGACUAUGAGGAUUGGAAAAAGGAAUGUAAAGCACGAGUUACGGCCGGAGGAGCGAUGGACCACAGUGUAGUCAACUUUGAUCACGAUCCUUGUGUCGAUCGACAUGCUUUGAACAGCUCUCCGGCGAGGUUAAGAGCAAAAUUGCAGACAUUGAAGGAUUGUUCUGAUGUCAAGGCCGCCCCUAAUGAACUAAAGGCGCCCCAAGGUUCUCCAGCGGAGAAAACGCAGACUCCUGAUCAACAACAAGGUUUGGAAAGCUGUGACCAGCACAGUCCGGUAUCAGUCUUGGACAAUAGCGUUUUCGACGCGGAGGAUAGCAGUCCCAGUCCUCCUGUCACCACUAAUGUUCAAGAUUCACACCAAUCCGAAGGGCAUGAGUACGAAACGAGAGUUGAGGAUGGGGACCGGUUUGCUAUCACCCCCUCAACUUCCGUUGAGACAAAACAUGUAACUUACGUACCUCCAGCAGAACGUGGUGAACCUCGUGACCUACAUGCGGAGAUGCACCUACCGAUUGACCACAUUACCUCGUGUGAUGAAGGCAUCAAUUCUUCAUUGAGCAGAGACAACUUGGUCACAGACUUUGUGGGCCAGCUGCUGGUGAUGUCAGGAGCCGCCAGGGCGGAGUGGUCGAGCGGGAUGUUUGUAUCAGGACAACUAUACGCUAACCAUGAGAAUCACCAUGAAUGGCUCUCCAAAUUCGAAGCACCUGAAAACGCUUACCUCUUCAACAAGUGCCACAGACAGCUGCUGAUCGAUUUUACAAUUGAGGUUCUGACAACGAAACUAGCUGAAAAUGAGAGCGCAGAGACAUGGCUCGAGCCAUCUUGGGCUAGGACAGAGCAGCAGCACCAGUUCAAGCGGCAGAGCAUUGAGAAUAUUAUAUGGAAAGAGUUACAAGAUCUUCCCUGCACUUCAUCGUAUGAUAUCUGCGAUGCAGUUCAAGGCAUUUUGCAAAAGGAUUUCGGCUCGCAAGGUCCCAAGUGGACCGGUUUCCGAACAGAAGUCGGUGAAGUCGGUGUCGAAGUGGAGAAAAUGAUCUACAAAGACUUGAUGGACGAGGUGGUGAGAGAACUAAAAUGCUUCGGCUCAUGCAGGCACCUAACAAAUAUCUUCGAGGGGGGAAGCGGUCCUCGUCGACAGCUAUUCACUUCAUGAAAGUCAUCGCCAUCCUUUUUUCAAGUUACAUGAUAUUAUAUGUGAAUGAUGUUGGACGUCGCCAACCUUGGCUGCGUCGAACAAAUACUUGUGGCAGCAGCAGCAGUAGCGGAGGAGAACUCAAGUUACCCUACAACCAUGUGAACUCAAAUGUAGGGUCCACGUCUCCAAGGUCCUCUUUAUCUCCAAAAGAAUGUUUCGGUGUUUCACACAUUUUGAGUCCUCACUUCGAAGUCACGUUUUCAGCUGAUUAUUUUGGGUUGCUUGAAACAAAAGGUAUUUUGUUUAUGUAUAAUCUUAACACAUUAUACAGUACUGUGCAUAAUAAAAAAAAAGAAUGAAGCAGUUUAUUUUUUGAUCCAA